GUAUAAAAGCAAAGUUUAACUGGCGAGUACCACAGUCGUUAUAGAUAUUUCUACAAUUCUACAAGCGUUCUUUGACUAAAUAAUAAGAAAACAAAAUGGCUAACUCAAGUAGUGCACUGUUAAUUGCUGGUUUCAUUUGCAUGAUGGUCGUACAAAGUCUCGACGCACUUAACGCAGACGUCUACAAGUUAUCUGGUAAACGCAAGCCAUUGGUAACACGUGAGGAUCCUGCAGCAUUGGAAGAUUACAAGCGCACCAAGCGUCAAUUGCCGCAACCACUGCAAGAAUUUCAAGAUUUCAUAACCACUUCGAAGACGGAAUGCGCCAAAGAAAUGAAUAUCAAUCCAAAUGAAUUGCAAAAGGCGCUGCUUUACGAAGAUCAACCGACACCCAAGGAGAAGUGCAUGAUGGAGUGCAUUUUGAAGCGCAUGGAAGUGAUGAACCAAGACGACACGCUGUCGACCUCAGCGGUUGGACGUAUCGCUGACAUCAUUGGCGACAAUAAUGCCUUGAUCACAUCAAUUGCUAUGGCAUCAGCUGAGAAUUGCAAAAAGUUCAUCACCGCGGAGAAUUCCUGUGAGCGUGCCUAUCAAAUUAACAAAUGCAUCGCUAAUGAAAUGAAGAUGCGCAAGAUUAAGCUUAUAUAUUAAGUUACACUCUGAAUGCCUUAAACAUAAGGCUAAAAGUAAACCAUAAUUAUAGAAUAAUUAUAGUAUAUAUAAAUCGAAUUAAAUGCAGCCUCAGCAAACAUAUUAUUUGUAGCUAAACUAAAUAAAAGUUUCGAAACAUCCACAA